AUGGGAUUUUCUGCAGGCCACCUUGGUUUUCUUAUUGGAAGAUUGCUGCGUAGCUUAGCAUUUGUGUUUGCUUGUACAGACAGUGCAAUGUGCUAUCUUCUUUAUUUUGUUGGGCUUAGCGAUCCACUACGCUAUGAAAGAAAUGGGCAGAGAGAAUUCCAAGAAAUCCCUUCUGCCCUUUCGUUGCCAUCAGAUGGUGACAUGGUUAGAAAUAAAUUGCCUGUCAUCAAAUUUCAGAGUUUUGCAGACAGUUGUAGUGAGAUAGAUGAGGAAGUUAUGUGUGCUGUUUGCUUGAGCUCGUUGGAGAGAGCUGAUGAAAUUCGGGAGCUUUGUAAUUGCUCUCACAUAUUUCAUAGGAAUUGUUUGGAUAAGUGGAUUGAUCACCUUCAGCUUACAUGCCCUCUCCGCAGAUGUCCUCUGAUUGUACAAACAGAAAUACUUCAUCAAAGCCAAGAUCGCAGCGAUAAAGAUUGGAUCUCCUUUCUAUUCGAAUCUGGAGAUUUGGUCAAUUCAUAUUAG